AUGGCAGACUUGGCCGCCGGGGCCACCACUGGUGUAGUGUCCAGGACAGUAUGCGUGGCCGAGCUCCCCAACGCGGAGAACAUGACAUUUCGCGACUCUUCGUUCUUCAAGAAGCACGGCGCCGAGCUGCCGUCGCCCAAGGAGAUCCGGGAAAAGGAUAUUAGAAUCAAUGACUUUCGCGCACGAUCACCAAGGCCUCCGCCGAUUCCGUUUGAAGAGCUCGGACUUGUCGUCAAGUAUGGCUCGGAAAUCACGAUAGCCGAAGCACAGUGUCUUUGGUAUUUCGCCCGAUACAUGAAAGAUGCAGUGCCUACGCCAGAACUAUUCGGGUGGUGCCAGGAUGAUGGUGAGACGUUCAUCUACAUGGAGCUUGUCGAUGGCGACACAUUAGAAGACGCCUGGCCCUCUCUCACACAAGACGAGCAAGACAUUAUAUGCGAACAGCUACGCACGUGCGUGGAGGCGUGGCGUGGCCUCCGCCAGGAGGCGGAACCAUACUACGUCGGCCAUAUCGGAGGUCAAGGGGUAGGCGACAUCAUCUUCAGGGAUGAAGGGGACGCCCAUGCCGGGCCGUUCGAAAACAUAACCCAGUUCCAUGAUUUCUUUGCCCGUUACGCCUCAGGGCCGCAGCCGGACCCAGACUUUAACCCUCAGCGUGACUUGGACGAGUUGGCUGGCUUGACGGACGAUAGGCCGAUAGUGUUUACACACGGCGACCUGGACAAGAGUAACAUAAUCAUCGCUCCGAGGGAAGAAGGAUGUCCGCCUCGUGUCGCCGCCAUCAUUGACUGGCAUCAAUCAGGAUGGUAUCCGGACGGGUGGGAAUGGGUCAAGGCGCAAGCGAUGUGCGAGCCUUUCUGGGAAGGGGGUCGGGACACAGCCUGGCUGUCAAAGCUCACUGGGCUGUUCGAUACGUCAGGACGAAGCUUCAACGAGGAUGUGCAAAUCCUACGCAUGACACAAUCAAUAUGUUAG